GAGGCAUGACCCCUGCCCUAGUGGGGCAUCAUUUCCUACACAGGGUUCAGUGGGGGAUCAGGUGAUGCUUAUGUAUUGGGCUAAUGAAAGGGAGUAAUGGAUUAAAGCCCAGUGGGAAUUCAUAACAGUGGCUGCGAGUUAACGCUGUAACAAGCCAUUUUCCUAUAGAUGCGUGUGUAUUGACUGUUUGGGGCGGCGUAAAUGUCACCAAAUUAGCCUGGCAUUGCCGGAGGAGAUUAUUCACUGCACUCCGAGAGGAGUCGAGCAUGUGUUAGACCAAUCCCCGUUCAGCAUUUCCGAUCACCCACGAGUUGGAGAUGAAGAAGAAAGGAGUAUCAUGAGUCAGUGGAGUGCCGCUGCCUUGGCUGGAGGAUGCGCGGUGACACCCACCCUCUUGUCGCGUGGAUUGACUCAGUUCGAAACCCCACCGGGCAGGUGGUUGCAGGCACACGCGAUGCAAACAUCUGCUGUCUGAGCAAACGAUCCGAAUUCAGCACCAGUCGCGCGGUCUCGUAACUGCCGUCGCUUCUGAAGGCGUGUUUUUUUUUCUCGACGAAAAGCGGUGCAUGCGGGCGUAAUGCGGUGAGGCGAUUCUACUUGGAGAGCUGCCGCGAUAACGGGACUGCUCAGUCUGCGGCUUUCUUUAAAAUGCUCAAGAAACUGAGCGUUUUUCCCCCUCCUCUGUUAGAUUGGUGUCUUAUUUUUGAUGGAUUUUCACCGCUGUGGUUGUCGUGGAUUUUUCUUGAAGGGCAUUUAUGAGCUCGAGGGCUGCUGUAUUUAUCAACCAACUCUAUAUUAGAUAUUUGGGUCAUUCUUGAACCAUCUUCAUGCAAAGGAUCGCUUUACUUCAGAUGCCCCGAGGGUUUCUUUUGGCGUGAAAAUAUAUGCGUCUGUCAUCCCCGCAAAGGGAUACACCACACAAGGGUCUCUGGCCAGACAGCGCCCCCUAAUGGAGAGUCUGCUGGUGUACCUGGUGCUGCUGGUGAUGGCGGUGCGGGCGCACAAGGACCAGAUGUGCCCCAAGCGGUGCGUGUGCCAGGUGCUCAACCCCAACCUGGCCACGCUGUGCGACAAGAAGGGCCUGCUGUUCGUGCCGCCCAACAUCAACCGCCGCACCGUGGAGCUGCGCCUGGGCGACAACUUCAUCACCGCCGUCAAGCGCCGCGACUUCGCCAACAUGACCAAGCUCGUCGACCUGACCCUGUCCCGGAACACCAUCGGUUCCGUGGCGCCGCACGCCUUCAACGACCUCGAGAACCUCCGAGCGCUGCACCUGGACAGCAACCGGCUGACGCGCCUCACGGACGACACCUUCAGCGGCAUGUCCAAGCUGCACCACCUCAUCCUCAACAACAACCAGCUCACCCACGUCCACGCCGAGGCCUUCGACGACCUGCUGGCCCUGGAGGAGCUGGACCUGUCCUACAACAACCUGGAGCGCGUGCCCUGGGUGGCCGUCCGGCGCAUGGUCAGCCUGCACACGCUCAGCCUGGACCACAACAUGAUCGACUUCAUCCCCGAGGGCACCUUCGCCAGCCUGCUGAAGCUCAAGCGGCUGGACGUCACGUCCAACAAGCUCCAGAAGCUGCCGCCGGACCCCGUGUUCCAGCGAGCGGGCGUGCUGGCCAACUCGGGCGUGCAGCUGGGCCCCACGGCGUUCGCGCUGAGCUUCGGCGGCAACCCGCUGCGCUGCAACUGCGAGCUGCUGUGGCUGCGGCGCCUGCAGCGCGAGGACGACCUCGAGACCUGCGCCUCGCCGCAGCACCUGGCCGGACGCUACUUCUGGACCGUGUCCGAGGAGGAGUUCCUGUGCGAGCCGCCGCUGAUCACGCGUCACUCUCCGCCCGCACGCGCCCUGGAGGGCCAGAGGGUGGCGCUGCGCUGUAAAGCGCGCGGAGACCCGGACCCCGUGGUGCACUGGAUCGCGCCGGACGGCCGGCUGGUGUCCAACUCGUCGCGGGCGGCGGUGCUGGCGGACGGCACGCUGGACAUCCUGGUCAGCACGGUCAGGGACUCGGGCGCGUUCACCUGCGUGGCCUCCAACCCGUCCGGCGAGGCGCAGCAGAGCGUGGAGCUGCUCAUCGCCAAGCUGCCGCACGUCGCCAACGACAGCGGCCUGGUGCUGGAGGCCGACCCGGGGUCCUCGGACAUCGCCACGUCCACGCGCACGGGCCUGGACGGCACCACGGGGGGAGGAGGGGGAGGGGGAGGAGCCAAGGCCGGCGGCGAGAAGCGCGUGGUCAUCGCCGAGCCCACCUCCUCCUCCUCCGCCCUCGUCAAGUUCAACUUCCAGCGCAGCAUCCCGGGGAUCCGCAUGUUCCAGAUCCAGUACAACGGAACCUACGACGACUCCCUGGUCUACAGGAUGAUCCCUCCCACCAGUAAGCACAUCCUGGUGAACAACUUGGCUGCGGGCACGGCGUACGACCUGUGCGUGCUGGCCAUCUACGACGACGCGGUGACCGCGCUGACCGCCACGCGCGUGCUGGGCUGCGUCCACUUCGCCACCGACCCGCAGCACCUGCGCUGCCACUUCAUGCAGUCGCAGUUCCUGGGCGGCACCAUCGUGGUGAUCAUCGGCGGCGUGAUCGUGGCGUCCGUGCUGUCCUUCAUCGUCUUCCUCAUCGUGCGCUACCGCGUCUGCCAGCAGCCCGGCGAGGACAAGGCGCUGGAGAUGGGCGACCUGCGCGACCUCCGCGACCUCCGCGACCUCCGCGACCUCCGCUCGCCCUCGCGCCACGAGCAGCUGGGCUGCGCCCUCAUCAAGUCCGUCUCCAAGCAGAUGCUGGGGCAGGACCGCGACGGAAAGUGCCGGAAGGUUUCCCCGCAGCCGGAACCGGCCACCGCCACCUUGCCCGCGCUGACCGCCGCCACCGUCGUCCCUCCGCGCCGUCCCUCCAAGCCGCCGCUGCCCGACUGCACGGUCACCUCGUCCGCCGCCAGCCACAGCUGGCACCCGGCGUCUCCGAGCCCCGCGCGUGCCCAUCGCGGCCCCGCCCCCAAGCCCACGCCGUCCUCCUCUUCCUCAUCCUCCUCUUCCUCCGCCACCACCGCCGGCGUGCGUCAGCCGGACGUCCAGCUGGACGUGGAGCUGGACAACAGCAACAGGAACAACUCUGCGGGGCUGCGCCCGCUGCCGCUCUCGCUCGCUCACCCCUCCCGCCCGGCGCUGCGGCUCUGCUCCACCAUGGUGCGCGUGCCCCGGCGUCCACACGAGGCGCUGCUGAGCUACCAGACGCUGCCGGCGGGCUGCGUGCGCAUCAGCCGCAGACACUCCCUGAACGUGGACGCCUGCCGCGCCGGCCUGGGCGGCAGCCCUCGCUACGUCACGCUGCCGCACUCGCCCCAGCCACCAGGGGGCAGCCUGCGCUCCAAGAGGAGCCUGUCCAUGAGCGGGGACCUGCCCCACAUCAACAGCACGGAGCAGCUGCUGGGGGCCAGGGACGGCCUCUCCAAAUCGGAGUGGCUGCUGGAAAGUACUCUAUGAUGGAGGACGCUGCCGCCCCCUCCCCCGCGCUCCGCCCCCCCCUCCUCGUUUCGCCCGUAGGGGUCGUUUGUUUGGUUGGUUGGUUGUUUUUUUUUUCGUGGAGGAUUUGGACGUGAUACUUCCGUGGCGGCUCAAGCACAUGAGGUGGAGGUUCUGAACGCAGGUUCUUGCCCCCCC